CUUUUUAUAAUCCAAAUCGUUGAAAUUUUUGGAUCAAAGCAAAUGUAUUUUUGGAACUAAACCUCCUCUGCUCUGCUCUCCCCGAAAAUAAAUCCCUAACCCACAAAUUCGAUUCCUUAUCGCCAUCGAAGCCUAGUUCGCCUGCCCUGCUACGAUUAAAUUCUCGACCACCAUCAAAAUCCUCCAUUAACAACAAAUCCUUCUACUUCUUCGAAGAAAACAAAACCUAUUCGUUGAAUCGCUGCAAUACGUCAUCGCUGCUUGCGGCUCUCAUGGCUCCGUCCCUCGCCGACUUGGGUGGAUUCAGAUCUUUGAGGAUUGAUUCCUGGAAAAGCUUGAGCCUCUUCUUUCUUUUGAUCUACUUCGGCCCCAAUGUUGAAUGCUUGAAGAAGAAAGAGUUCUCUUACAGACAUUUGGCACAGUUGAGGAUGUUGAAGUUCCUGAUGCAAUGCUGCCACAUACCAUUCAAUCAGUUGAAGCAAGUUGAUGAGAUAAUUAUGGAGACAGCUGCUGAGCCAAUGGUAGAUGGUUCUGCUGUUCCAGAUGAUGAAUUGAAACUAGUGGUGACCGCAUCUCAUUUUCCUCCGGAUUUCCAUCAGUGCUUAUCCAGAAGAGCUGUGUAAGCCGAAGCUAGAAGCCAUGGAAUGACAGCUUUCUCAAGCCAAUAAGCAGCAUGGAAACUGAUAGUUCUGUGUUGCUGUAGUCUCUUCUGUUGAGUGGGAUUCUGGUGUGCCUUAGUAGCACUCCAAGUCUUGCUGCUUGCCUCCAACUCAUUGCACAACAGUAGACGCUGUUAACAAAGGUGGGGAAGAAGAGCAGCUGAAGUUACUGGUUGAACUACUUAAGUUCUUAAGUGGCAGCCUUGCUUUUGAUUUAAGUAUGAAAGGAAUCAGCUACAGAACAAAUGCCCAAAAUGGCCUUGUUCAAUCUAACUGUUUUGAUUCUAGUCGAGGGGAGAGGAAGAAUGGGGCUACCGAUCUUUGGGAUACAACAACAAUGAAAGAAAAUCGACCAUGGGAUACUGAAAGCGAGAAGAUCUAGCUACCAGGUCCUGCUACAUUGAAAUAAAGAGUUCACUUCACCAGCAGCAGUGGAUGGUUAACAUCCAGUGCAUGAUUUGGAUGAUUCAGAAGAAAGCGAGGGUUGAUCCUGCUAGAUCUUUAUCUUUCACAUUUUGAAUUUUUUUGCAAAUUUUUGGUUGUUGAGUUUCAAACAUGUACAAUCAUGUAUAAUGUUAAAUGUAAUUAACUGGUGCAGUUAUGUGGUAUGGAUAAUAGUUAAUGUCACUUUUAAAAGUUAUAAUUGAAGUUGGACAGCAGGGAUCGAUGGUGGUCAGGAAA